AUGGCCACAUCUGGGAGGAUCAGUUUUACAGUGAGGAGCAUUUUGGAUUUACCAGAGCAGGAUGCUAAUAGCAUAAAGCAAGCCUCUGACCAUCGCCACUCAGCGGAGAACUACACCGGCUCGCCGUAUCGAGGGUGGAUAGAAACAGACAGAAAUCACUAUCCGUCUUCCGACGAGAGCGGCCCGGAGAUGAGCUUGCCCGACUCCACCCAAAGGUCGCUCCCCGCCCGCGGCUCGGAGGCCGAGGAGAAGAAGAAGAAGCGGCGGGUGCUCUUCUCCAAGGCGCAAACGCUGGAGCUGGAGCGACGGUUCCGGCAGCAGCGGUACCUUUCGGCUCCGGAGCGGGAGCAGCUGGCCCGGCUGCUCAGCCUCACCCCCACACAGGUGAAGAUCUGGUUCCAGAACCACCGCUACAAGAUGAAGCGGGCGCGAAGCGAGGGCCCCGGCAGCCCCCAGCAGCGCCCGCCCGCCCUGCUGCGCCGGGUGGUGGUGCCAGUGCUGGUGCGGGACGGGGAGCCCUGCCGCGGCUGCCCCGCCAGCCCACCGGCUCCCACAGCGCGCCCCAAGCUGGGCUGCGCCCUGGCGGGAUGCAGCGCCCAGGCCGCCCUCGCCCUGCAGGGCUACCGAGCCUGCCCGCCCGCCGCCGCCCUCGGCGUCUUCCCCGCGUACCAGCACUUAGCGCACCCCGCCGUCGUCUCCUGGGGAUGGUGA